CUUAGUUGGGUAAAGCGCCCCUAUUCUCAUUGCAUCUGCCACCUAAUUUUUUUUUCCGGUAAACUAUUCAAAGCUGAAGUUUCGACUAAUCUGAAUUUUCACUUGCACACUAGACUAGGUAAAGCACUUUGUAUCAAGAGUUUCGGUUCUCACAGCGGAUGCCACCUACGUGUACACACCAGCAACACAUGCGUGUACUUUUUUUUUUUUAUUUGGUCUUUUGGUAAGUAUAUAAAUACUUAUCCUGUGAAUCUUAGUAAUCCACAAGGAGUUAGAUAAAACCCAAUCACUUCUAUAUAUAUACUUCCUUUAUUCCUUUCAUUGCAAUCUUUCUAUCAAUUUUCUCUGUCCAUUAUAUUCUAAGAUUUUAAACAUGGCUUCCUGCAACAACAUACAUCAAGAGGGAAUUGAGAAGAGAGAGCCAACCCCUCUAGAAAAACAUGUUAUGUUCUUUGAUAUCGACAAGAAUGGAAUUAUUUACCCUUGGGAAACUUAUCAAGGUUUCCGGAAAAUUGGAAGUGGUAUUUUUCUUUCCAUUUUUGCAUCCUUCUUCAUUAAUUUUGGCCUCAGCCGAAACACUCGACCUGGGAAAUGGCCUUCUUUGGUCUUUCCAAUUGAAGUGAAGAACAUCAAAUUUGCCAAGCAUGGCAGUGACAGUGGUGUCUACGACAGUGAAGGAAGGUUUGUUCAGGAAAAAUUCGAAGAGAUAUUCAAGAAACAUGCACAUUCAAACGGAAACGCCUUGACAGGGCAGGAAUUGGAUGAAAUGCUUAAGGCAAACAGGGAACCAAAGGACCAUAAGGGACGUAUUGCGGCUUUAUCAGAGUGGAAGGUACUAUACUUUCUUUGCAAAGACAAGCAUGGAUUGCUUGGAAAAGAAACAAUAAGAGGUGUUUAUGAUGGUAGCUUAUUUGAACAAAUGGCCAAGGAGCACCAAUCCAAGAAGAAAAACAUUCCAGAAUUAUAUCAAGUUCAUAAGAAAGGGGAUCUCUUAUAGUCCUAGCCACAAUGUACAGUUAAGUACAUUUGUUAUGUAUGGAUUACUGAUAGCUGGAAUCUGGUGGAUUUUCUCCAUAUUUGUAAUAUUGUGAGUUAAUUCUUUGUAAUGAUCUGUGGAAGUGAUUUUCUCUCAUUAUAUGGCAGUUUAAUUGUGUU